AUGAGCCGCACUUUCCAUCGAGAAGCUCGCAUCUGGCAGAAGGCGAGACACCCGAACAUCGUGCCGUUCUUUGGCGCGUGUGACGAAGGCUCGACGUAUUUCUUCGUGUGUGAAGAAGCCAAGAACGGCAAGUUGGUGGACUACUUGUACCGCGCACGACAAGAAGGACGGUCGCUGGUGUGGAGGAAGCUGCUGGACGCUGCGUUGGGGCUACACUUCUUACACGAACGACAUGUUGUGCAUAGCGAUCUCAAGUGUAACCAGAUCCUUGUGAGCAAAGACGGUGUAGCCAUGUUGACGGACUUUGGCUUGAGUUUCUUAGCGUCCGAGACGAGUGGAGACGAAGAAACAGUCGGUGCAAUACGUUGGAAGGCGCCGGAAGUGAUCCGUAAGGAGAAGCCAGUGGCACCAAAUGCGCAGUCGGACGUGUACUCGUUCGGUAUGUGCGUGGUGGAGGCCGUGACGAGUGACGUGCCUUGGGGACAGGUGCCCGACCCGGUGGUCAAGUUUCAUGUGACUCGUAAGAAGUCUCUACCUCGUCCGAAGGCGUUUGAGAGCGACGCACAAGAAUGA